AGUCAGGGCUGGUUGCCGGGAGGCGCUGCAGUCAGUAUGUUACCUCUGUCCAUUAAGGACGAUGAGUAUAAGCCGCCGCGGCUUAAUCUGCUGCGCAAGGUCUCCGGCUGGUUCAGGUCCAUCCUGUCGGACGCCACGUCCCGGAACCUCUUCCUCUUCCUGCUGCUGAACCUCUCCUUCGCCUUCGUGGAGCUGCUGUACGGCAUCUGGAGCAACAGUUUAGGUCUCAUUUCGGAUUCAUUCCACAUGUUCUUUGACUGCACAGCGCUUCUAGCUGGACUUGCAGCAUCGGUCAUCUCCAGGUGGCGGUCGAAUGAUACUUUCUCCUACGGCUAUGUGCGGGCUGAAGUAUUGGCUGGCUUUGUCAACGGACUGUUCCUGAUCUUCACAGCAUUUUUCAUUUUCUCAGAAGGAAUUGAGCGAGCGCUGGAACCUCCCGAAGUGCAUCAUGAGCGUCUGCUCUCGGUCUCUAUACUUGGUUUCCUUGUUAAUUUGGUUGGAAUAUUUGUGUUUAAGCAUGGUGGCCAUGGACACUCUCAUGACGGUGGUCAUGGCCAUAGUCACUCGCUGUUCAAUGGAGGACAUCCUGGCCUGAGCCAUGGACACAGUCAUGGAGAUCAUGGGCAGGAGUGUAGUUCUGGGCAUGGCCACGGGCACUCCCACAAUAGCGGGCAGGAACACUCUCAUGCUAAGCGGCACUCCCACGAUGAUCAUCAAUAUGACAUACUUCCAGCAAAAGGAUCAAACAAACAGAUUUUAGAAGGAGUUUUCCUGCACAUUCUUGCCGACACGCUGGGAAGUGUUGGUGUAAUAAUAUCUGCCCUUCUGAUGCAAAACUAUGGUCUCAUGAUAGCAGACCCUAUCUGCUCCAUGUUGAUUUCUUUCCUUAUAGGAAUAAGCGUUAUCCCACUCUUAAAGCAAUCCAUUGGGAUUCUAAUGCAACGCACGCCACCCUCCCUGGACUCUAUUCUGCCCCAGUGCUACCAGCGGGUUCAGCAUUUGCAAGGAGUGUACAGUGUGAAUGAUACCCACUUUUGGACCUUAUGCAGUGAUGUAUAUAUUGGCACAAUAAAGCUUUUAGUAGCUCCUGAUGCAGAUGCACGGUGGAUUUUGAGCCAGACGCACAACGUUUUCACUCAGGCAGGAGUCAGGCAGCUUUAUGUCCAGAUUGACUUUGCAGCUAUGUAGACACACCUGACCUUGUGAUCCAAUUUCCCUGGUGCUGGAAUCAGGGUAUAAUUGUACCUGUCGUUGGCCAUUGGAUUUAAACACCACCACUAUACAGCAAGCCCAGGUGUAUCUACAAGGUCCCACCAAGAGGUCCUCUGCCAGUGAUUGAAGGAUCUGGAAGCCCCUUUAUGUCUGGACCUAGAACAUCUUUGUUUGAGUUUUGUCUUUUUAUAAAGUAGUUAUAAUGACAUCCAUGAUGUGACUUGUAUAUAGUGGUGUUCUAAUCUUUGUCUUUAACAAAGGUACUUAAAUUACACAUUCCUGAAAUCC